AUGCCAUUUCCUCGUGUAGACUUUCUUCAACUUGAACUGAGACUGCCAAGGAAAACCAUCAUAGACUGGUCUUCUUUUUUAAGGGAAGUGUGCGAACACUAUGUUCACACUAACUUUGAAAUGCUAGGAGGUGAGGGGAAAAUUGUUGAAAUUGACGAAGCAAAGUUCGGAAGAAGCAAGAAUAAUAAAGGUCGCUUUUUAAGAGGUACGUGGGUCUUUGGAGGCAUCGAGCGAGAUUCAAAAAAGUGUUUCGUUAUACCUGUGAAAGACAGAACAAAGGAAACUCUUUUACAAAUCAUAAAAGAGAGAAUUUUACCCGGAACGACCAUCAUGAGUGACUGCUGGCGUUCUUACGACUGCCUGAGCAGCGAAGGGUAUCGCCACCUAACUGUAAACCACUCUUACAAUUUUGUGAAUCCAGAGACAAAAGCUCAUACUCAACAUAUUGAGAGGCUCUGGAGAGAAGUUAGGUGGAAUAUACCGAAAGCUGGCAACAAAAGGCAUCACAUGUCUGGACACUUGAUGGAGUUUUUAUUUCGGUUUAAGAACUCUAUCUAUCAAAAAAGGUUUCAUGAAAUCUUCAAAAACAUUGGUACUUUAUACAGGCCAAUAUCAACUGACUAUGAUCCAAAAACAGCACAAGAAACUACACCACCUGAAACAGAGCCUGUUGGUAUAAGAGAAACAAUGCCUCAAACUACCAUCACAACCCACUCACUAGUUGAACCCAUUUUGACAGCAAAAGAAAGUAUGUCAAUGUCACAAAUCACCACCAUCACAAAACACCCUGAUAUGACACCAUCAUUAGAGAUUACAUCUAUCCCCACAACAUUAUUGCCCAUAACAUUUCCACAACUGGAAAAGGAAAUGAUUAAACAAAAAAGGAUGAUCAUUAAAAUAGCUGCUGAUGGCAACUGUUUUUUUAGGGCAAUUAGUCAAAUUAUCUUUUUAUCUCAGGACCAACAUAGGAAUAUGAGAAAACAAGUCACUUCCUUUAUGAUCACUCAUGAAAAAAAUUUUGAGAUGUUUGUGGAUGGUGACUUCAAGCAGCAUAUGGAGCUGAUGAAAAAAGAUACAACAUGGGCCACAACUGCAGAAAUACUUGCAGCUGCUACACUACUGCAAAGAGACAUCUACACAUUCUCACCAAACCACAAAAAAACGAAAUACUCAUGGUUGUUAUUAGAACCUUUAUUUCAUGAUGCAAACACAUACAUACUAUCUCACACAGACAACCAUAUAUGCUGCAACAUAACACUAUUGCAUACAAAUGGUAAUCACUUUGAUGUGGUUGUACCACAAGAGGCCACAUGUAACUGUUUUUUGCCAAAUCCACAGCUUGGAGUAUGA